AUGCCUUCAUCACCUACUCCAGUCCCACAAGAAACAACCCACCCCGUAUCUUCAGAACUCGGCCCCGAAUUCACAGUCCAAGAUGACGACCUCUUCUUUGAACCGCCGUCCUCAGAGGCCAACACGCAGCCAGUGCGCCGAGCCAAAAAGUUUGCUCACUCUGGGUUAAAGGGAAAGGCUCGCCUUGAGGCCGUUGAGGGUGCCCCUUGCUACCUUCUUGACCUCCCGGAAGAUGUCUUGCACCUCCUCCUCGUACGCCUUCCACCGCGUACACUCCUCCAGAUCGGAUCCACCUGCAAGUUGCUCCACAAUGCACUCAAGGGCGAGGCCAUGUGGCGUCAAUGCUACAUUAACCACUUUCUCUGGGAUGGCGCCGCCACCGACGGCCGAGCUCGCGAGGAGGUCAAGGUCCUUGCUCAAGGAUGUUUGGGUACUGGCGGUCGUGGAUGGAAGCGCGAGGCCUUGUCUCGCGAGUCGAUGAUUGAACGGUGGACAGCCUCCCGCACGUCCAAUGUGGUACACCACCCAGUCAAUGUUCUCGUCCACGACAUGUCGCUCGCGUACCCUCCCAACCUCCCGAAUGCCAAAGGCCCCCUUGUUGUCGGCAAGAUGACCAAGGCAGCUAAUGGAUCUGGAACCUCGUCACCUGCGGCAGCCACCCCAGGCAAAAUGACCCAUCGCCAGAGGUACGAGGCUACGCAGGCGGUUUCGGCGCGUUCCCCGCCCACCCUGUACAGCGUUGGCCUCGAGGUCAGCGCCCUCGUCAAGAGUGACCCUCUGAGGGGCAAGGUGUCGAAGGGCUUUUGGGGUCCUGGCCAGGAUGCCAAUUUCCACAUUCGCCCCCACUGGGACCCAAGCUCUGCACCAUCGGCCACCUUCAUCCCCAGGCGGUCUCAGACGCAUAUGCUCUGGGGUCUGCUCACAGGCUCGACCGUGCACACCACCAUCCAGUCUCGUUCGCACGCGACGCAUGGUGGUCGCCCCAACUCGGUGAAUGUCUAUUCCAAGCCCAACGACCAGCACCUGGGCGCCAUCUUCUCCAUUCACCAGCCCGAGUCGACCGGCGUCGACCCUAUGAAAUGGGCAACUGCUGGUGAAGACGGUCGUGUAAAGUACUGGCGCCUCAACCCUGGAGCCAAGUCGGGCAAGAAGACGCCCACCGAUCCCGCGACGAUCACGUGUUUGUUCACCUCUGAGGUGGUGGAGGCAACGUUCCUCAACCGCUCUGAAGAAGUCCGUCUGCGCCAGACUCUGCAGCCCGACCCGAUCACGAAAGUGGUCUGCGAUGUCCAGUAUGACAUUGUCUGCGGCGUGACUGAAGACGGUGACAUGCGCGUGUGGUUUGACGUAGCCGGCGAACAACCUCGCGAGGUCCGCGUGGACGUCGGGGCGGCAGCAGACUUUGGCGGUGUCAAGCGCCUCUUUAUGACUUGCCGCGAUGGCAAUGCGUCCAUCGUGGUUCACCAUGAUAAGCACCCCAACUUUGGCCGGUACGACAUUGCCGGCGACGGUACCGUCAAGACGACCUUCUAUGGCACCCACGGCGAGAUUCCGCUCAGCACUGUGCAGCCAUACUUUUCGCCAGCUCUGCCUAUUGCCAAGCCUCACCGUGUGGAGUCUACCCUCACUGUUGUGACCCCGACGUCGGGUUCGACUACCCCUACCCCGCUCGAACUCGACGACCUCCCGCGCAAGCUGACCGAGCCUGAGUUUGGCCGGUUCGUUGUUGGAGGCGAUAUCAAUGGUCAGGCCUACAUUUGGGACUGGGAGGGACGUACUGUCGACGACGUGGUGAUGCCCAUGCGCGACUGGGUUGCGCAAGACGGCAAGAUUACAGCAGUCGACUAUUCGUGUGGUCUCGUUGCCGUUGGCAGCUACUCUGGCCACUACGACGUCUUUGACCCUCUUCCCAACCCUCCUGAGCGUCUGCGCGGUUUCCGCCCUCCGGGACACCUCACUCCAGGCGACCUGAUGCUCGCUGGCUCUGACGAGUUCCGUUCCCGUUACUACAAUGUCAACCACAUCAUCCUCGACAAUGACCUGAUCCUGGCCGCCAUCGGGCGCAAUGUGCAGACCUGGCGAGCCGGUACGGGCAAGGGCCGCCAGUCGGGUAAAGACUCUGCUCCGCGUAAAGGCACAUCUGGUGGGAAGGGAGACUUCCGCCAGCACCGUCAACUUGACUUGCGUGACUUGCACCAAGAUGCCGUCGACUCGCACUACGAAAUCCAGGCCGAGAACGACGCGCACCGACCACAGAUGUCUCAUGAGGAGCAGCAUCUCGCGGCAAUGGAGGACCUGGGCCUCGCGGACGGAGAUGCUGCCCUGCAGUAUGCCCUGAUGCUGUCACAGCAGGAGCAAGAGCAAGAGCAAGAGACGAGAACUCCCGGUCCAGAAUCGCCCUCUGAAGAGAGCGACGAAGAGGCCGAGGCGAUCCGUGCCGUCGAGGAAUUUGAGCGUCGGCAGGCAGCGCAGGAGGCGGCGAGCAGCGCGCCGGACAACUCGAGCUUUGACGCGUCCGACGAAGAGACCGAGGCGAUCCGCGCAGUGCAAGAGUAUGAGCGUGGAGGAGAUGAUGAAGGAGACGCGCCAGACGACCUUGCCGAGAUUCUCGAGAUGAUCCGUCUGGCCGAAGAGCGGGAGCGGAGUAUGUAG